UUUAGGUCCGGAUUUAGAGAGAAACAAGGCUCACGAGUAGAUACUUACGGACAAGACAUUAAUUUUUUGCCCUAUUUUGAAAACGAAAGUUAUUUUUUCUGAUGGUGGGGGGGAUGUCUAGUGUUAGUGCCACUUAAACAGCCAAUCAAAAAGCAGAUUUGAAAUCACCUUAUUUGCAUAAAAGGUUUCUACUGGCUGAUUUGACCCAAUCAGGAAUUGAGAUAGAUUAAGCACCUAUUUGCAUAGAAGCCCUACAAAAAUAGGCCAACAUUGUAACAGGUGUUGUCAGUUUUCGUCUGUUUUGAUAACUUUACACCAUGCCUGAGCUGGCCAAAUCUGCUCCUGCUUCCAAGAAGGGAUCUAAGAAGGCGGUGACCAAGGCGCAGAAGAAGGAUGGCAAGAAGCGCAAGCGCAGCCGGAAAGAGAGCUACUCUGUAUACGUGUAUAAGGUGCUGAAGCAGGUCCACCCGGACACCGGUAUCUCGUCUAAGGCUAUGGGCAUCAUGAACUCGUUCGUCAAUGACAUCUUCGAGCGCAUCGCGGGCGAGGCGUCGCGCCUGGCGCAUUACAACAAACGCUCGACCAUCACCUCCAGGGAGAUCCAGACGGCCGUACGUCUGCUGCUGCCUGGGGAGCUGGCCAAGCACGCCGUGUCCGAGGGUACCAAGGCUGUCACCAAGUACACCAGCUCCAAGUAAAUGUUUCCAGGCGCUGUUAAACCCAAAGGCUCUUUUCAGAGCCACUCACACUUUCAAAAGGGGCUCUAAUGCUGCAUACUAUUCGUUUCUAGAGAGAAGUAAGGUCAG